ACAUGCUGCAAGCUACGCUGGUUUGUCGUGCUUGUCAAAUGGAGAAUACCACUACUAACGUGUAAACAAUACGAAAAGCGUCGAUUUAAGAAUAUUUAACAGACCUUUAUAAAAAUUUAUUAUAUCAUUCUCAAGAAAUUUACUUCAUUUAGACAUUACUUUUAUAGUUAUCUGCUAGCACGUUGACGAUUAUUAUGAGCGAGAUCUCUAAUAAAGUAAGCUUUGGUGAAGCCUUAAAAAGGUUCCAAGACAGCAAGGUUUUACUUGUCGGUGCAGGCGGUAUAGGCUGUGAGUUACUAAAAAAUUUGUUGAUGUCGAAUGUGAAAGAAAUAUGUAUUAUUGAUUUAGAUACUAUAGAUCUUUCAAAUUUAAAUCGGCAGUUUUUAUUUCGGAAACAUCAUGUCAAGCAAUCCAAGGCAAUAGUAGCUAUGAAGACAGCUCAGUCCUUCAACCCGAACGUGAAAAUAGAGGCAAUACAAGCGAAUAUCAAGGAGCCUCAAUUCAAUGUUCGUUGGUUUCGCCAAUUUGGAAUUGUUUUUAACGCGCUAGACAACUUGGAUGCCCGGCGUCACGUUAAUAAAUUAUGUCUCCUCGCUGAAGUUCCCCUUGUGGAAAGUGGUACUACAGGAUUUCUUGGUCAGGUUCAAGUCAUAGUUCAUGGAAAGACGGAAUGUUACGAUUGCAAUCCUAAAGAACAACCAAAGGUGUAUCCAGUCUGUACAAUUCGAAGUACACCGAGUCAAACAAUUCACUGUAUUGUAUGGGCCAAAAGCUAUUUUUUUCCUCAGUUGUUCGGUGAUGACGAGGGAAAUGAUGAUAGAAUACAGAACGUUGCUCAAAAUGAAGCACAGAAGAAAGAGGUAGAAGAGCUCGCUCGUGAAACAAGAGAGCUCGCUGAGCUUAGAAAAUCUCUCGUGACUGACUCGAACGCUUUUGAUAAGAUUUUCGAAAAAAUCUAUUUUAAAGACAUUGCUCGACUUAGAGCCGUACCUGAUAUGUGGACGUAUCGUACACCUCCAACAGUUUUAGAUAUCAAUGAAUUAGGUCAGAAAGCGAGUCAUUUAAGUUCUCCUUGGUUGGAUGAGCAAAAAGUUUGGACUUUGGAGGAAAACUUUUCUGUCUUGAAAUCUAGUAUUCAACGUCUUUCAAAGAGGCUUAAGCACUCUGGUUCUGAAGGGUUAUCCUUCGAUAAAGAUGACAAAGACACCAUGGAUUUUGUCGCUGCUUCUGCAAAUCUAAGAGCAUAUUCUUUCGGCAUUGAGCAAAAUUCAGAGUUUGAUAUCAAACAAAUGGCUGGCAACAUUAUCCCUGCAAUUGCUACUACAAACGCAGUUAUUGCCGGACUUUGUGUUACUGAAGCACUUAAAGUAUAUCAACACAAUAGCGAUGAAUUAAAGAACGUUUUUAUGGCAAAAAGAGCUGAUCGCGUUUUUCACGGAGAAAAGAUAUGUGGACCUAAUCCAUAUUGCCCUACAUGUGCUUUUAAGCAUUUAAAGUUGCCUGUCGAUCAGAAUCGUAUGCUUUUAAAGGAUCUUGUCAAAUGCUUUUUACAAGACUUCUUGCAUUAUUCCGAAGAAGUUAGCGUUUUAAAGGAAGAUCUAAUCUAUGAUGUCGAUUUUGACGAUAACUCCAAUUCGACGUUGGCAGAUUUAGGAAUAAGUGGUGAAAAAAAUACAAUCCUUACUAUUUUGGGUGAAGAAAGAUCGGAUAAUGAAGAAACAAUGGAUUCGCAAAGCCUAACUCGCAUCCCUCUUCUACUCGAAAUAAUCACUAUGGAGCAUACAGAUCCAUCUUGCACACCCUUUCGGUUACCCUCCGAGGCUAUAGUUAUCCCGCUUAAACCUGAGCCGUUGCAAUCUGCUUCAGACACUGAAAAAGAAAUGGUUGACACUAUGGAGGUUGAAGACGUGUCUGAAGUCAUGCCUUCAGAAAAGGAAAUUAUAGAUAUAGAAGUCAUUGAAGGUGAAGAUGUACCUAAACCUAGUACUGUAGAACCACGAGCUAGUUCAUUGAAAAGAAAACCUUCGAUAGGUGAUAAAACAGAUACAAAAAAAAAACCCAAAAACUAGCUAGGAAUUAAUCGGUAUAAUCAAUUUUUUUAAUGGUCUGGACAUACCCUAUAUGAACUACUAAACAGAAUAGUUUACAUCUCAAGUUUUUUACCUUUUAUCCUUAACUACUGAUGGGCUACGAAGUCUUUUGUUACAACUUUCAAAAAUAUAUUAACCAUUAUAUUUUGUCCUAGUGAAUCUAGUAUCAUACCGAUUUCCAACAAGGUAAAACAAAGUCUAUUGUAGACAGCAUGUUAAAAUAGCUCAGGCACCAAAAUAAACAAAGUGGUUCAUUCCUAA